GAUCUUGAUGUUAUUUUCAACAAAUUCAAUUUAAUGGUAAUAUUAAAGACAGAGAAGAACAAAAUGUACAGUAUUUGGAAAAUGUUCAGGUGACAGAGCUGCCCCAAGGGGCUUAUCAGCUGGAACUCUUAGGCAGGGAUGGAGAGGGCGGGGUCGUAGCCGGGGCUGGAAUUUGGAAAGCCAUGCUGCUGAGAGGAAAGGCGAAGCUGAUCGGGCUUGGGUCAAGAGCGUCGGUGACAAGCAGACAGUGAACAUUUCCCCACACCUCCUCAGAUAAAUCUUGCAAACAGAAGUGAGAGAGACAGGGCAGCCAAAAAAUGUGGAAGAUAAAAGAGAAAAACAAAGCGGGCAAGUAGAGGGGCUGAGGCGGCAGAUAACUUAAGAAAUAUCCUGACAAAGGCAGACCGAUACUGCCAGCGGACCUCUGAAGAGGUACAGUGCCGUGUAACGUCGCCAGCUUCGUGAACCUCAGUUGUGUGGGAUUCUGCUCCUGAACACCGGCUUGGUCACGCUUAAGGAUUACAUGAAAUUGUUUCUCUGACUGAAACUGGCACAGAGUUUUUUAUAUGACACAUGAAUACAGAAAACCAGGUGAGAGGGCACAAAGGAUUCUAAGGAUUUUGAUUUGUGUUCUUCAUUAUACACCACAGUGGUGAUAGAUCAUGUUUCAGAAGGCAUUCACCCUGCAUAGAAAGCCCAGGCACCAGCGCUUGCCACCAGAGCCAGAUGCCAAAUACAAAGGAAAACUUGUGUCCGAGACGCAACUCAACUAUACCUAUGUCCGCCCUGGAGGCUCCAACUACUCGAGCCCGUCCCUCCCGGCUCCUGGUGGUCUGAACGACCAUGGGGUGGUGGGCCUGGCUCCGGAGCACAUCCCCUCUGCCGGGGCGGCCCUCACCUGGCAGGCUGCCAUCGAUGCCGCGCGCCAGGCCAAGCUCAUGGGCACUAGUGCCCCCAUCUCCACCGCCAGCUCCACCCAGCGCAAGCGGCAGCACUACAGCAAGCAGAAAAAGCAGGGCAGCACGGCCGCCACGCGCCCGCCCCGCGCCCUGCUCUGCCUCACUCUCAAGAACCCCAUUCGCCGGGCCUGCAUCAGCAUUGUGGAGUGGAAACCCUUUGAAAUAAUAAUUUUGCUGACUAUUUUUGCUAACUGUGUGGCCUUAGCGAUCUACAUCCCUUUCCCAGAGGAUGACUCCAACGCCACCAACUCCAAUCUGGAACGGGUGGAAUAUCUCUUCCUCAUUAUAUUCACAGUGGAGGCAUUUUUGAAAGUCAUAGCCUAUGGACUUCUCUUCCACCCCAAUGCGUACCUACGCAAUGGAUGGAAUUUACUAGAUUUUAUUAUUGUGGUUGUAGGGCUUUUUAGUGCUAUUUUAGAGCAAGCCACGAAAGCAGAGGGGGCGACUCCGAUUGGCGGGAAGGCAGCGGGGUUCGACGUGAAAGCUUUGCGUGCCUUCAGGGUGCUGCGUCCCCUACGGCUGGUUUCUGGGGUGCCCAGUCUCCAGGUAGUUUUAAAUUCCAUCAUCAAAGCCAUGGUCCCCCUUCUGCACAUUGCCUUGUUGGUUCUCUUUGUAAUCAUCAUUUACGCCAUCAUCGGACUGGAACUGUUCAUGGGUAAAAUGCACCGCACUUGUUUACCUGUCAAGGACGGCAUCGCAGGGGCAAUUCUUGAUGAGAAGCCAGCCCCCUGUGCCCCUGACACAGCUCAUGGGAGGCACUGUAAAAACAGCACUAAGUGUGAGCCAGGCUGGGUGGGGCCCAAUGAAGGCAUCACCAAUUUCGACAACUUUGCCUUUGCCAUGCUUACAGUCUUUCAGUGCAUCACCAUGGAAGGAUGGACAGAAGUACUAUACUGGAUGCAGGACGCUAUGGGUUAUGAGCUCCCCUGGGUCUAUUUUGUCAGUCUGGUCAUCUUCGGAUCCUUUUUCGUUCUAAAUCUGGUUCUGGGGGUGUUGAGCGGAGAGUUCUCCAAGGAGCGAGAGAAGGCCAAAGCCAGGGGUGACUUCCAGAAGCUGCGAGAAAAGCAGCAGCUGGAGGAGGAUUUGAAGGGAUACCUGGACUGGAUAACACAGGCUGAGGACAUCGACCCUGAGAAUGAGGACGAAGGGCUGGAUGAGGACAAGCCUCGCAACCUGAGCAUGCCCACGAGUGAAACUGAGUCAGUGAACACGGACAACGUGCCUGGAGGAGAGAUGGAAGGAGAGAACUGCUGCACCCGGCUUGCAAAUAGGAUCUCCAAAUCCAAGUUCAGUCGGUAUUCCCGACGAUGGAACCGGUUUUGCCGACGGAAGUGCCGAGCGGGAGUGAAAUCCAAUGUCUUCUACUGGCUGGUGAUCUUUCUGGUAUUCCUCAACACACUGACCAUUGCUUCCGAGCACCACGAUCAGGCCCUCUGGCUCACCGAAGUCCAAGACAUUGCCAACAAAGUGCUGUUGGCCCUGUUCACAGGAGAGAUGCUGCUGAAAAUGUACAGCUUGGGACUGCAGGCCUACUUUGUCUCACUGUUCAACCGCUUUGACUGUUUCAUUGUCUGUGGUGGUAUUCUGGAGACCAUCCUGGUGGAGACCAAGAUCAUGUCCCCUUUGGGUAUCUCAGUGCUGCGUUGUGUCAGGCUGCUCCGUAUUUUCAAAAUCACAAGGUACUGGAACUCCCUGAGUAACCUCGUGGCAUCUCUGCUGAACUCAGUCCGCUCCAUCGCCUCCCUGCUGCUGCUGCUCUUCCUCUUCAUCAUCAUCUUCUCUCUACUGGGCAUGCAGCUUUUUGGGGGGAAGUUCAACUUCGAUGAAAUGGAAACCCGCCGGAGCACUUUUGACAACUUUCCCCAGUCCCUGCUGACUGUCUUUCAGAUCUUGACAGGAGAGGACUGGAAUUCUGUAAUGUAUGAUGGAAUCAAGGCCUAUGGGGGCCCCUCCUUCCCAGGAAUGCUGGUUUGCAUUUACUUCAUCAUCCUCUUCAUCUGCGGAAACUACAUCCUACUGAAUGUCUUCUUGGCCAUCGCCGUGGACAACCUGGCCGAUGCUGAAAGCCUGACAUCAGCCCAGAAGGAGGAAGAGGAAGAGAAGGAGAGGAAAAAGCUGGCCAGGACUGCCAGCCCAGCGAAGCGCCCUGAAAAUGAGAAGCCGCCAAUAGAGGAGGAGAAGAAGGAGGAGAAAAUUGAGCUGAAAUCAAUCACAGCUGAUGGAGAGACUCCAACUGCAACCAAGUCCCAGUCCUUGCCCCUACAUUAUUACUGCCUCUUAUUUCUUUUUAUGGUGACCUCACCUACCCUGUCUUCCUCAGGGGAGGAUGAAGACGAGGAACCCGAGAUGCCAGUAGGUCCUCGCCCUCGCCCGCUGUCAGAGCUGCAGCUGAAGGAGAAAGCUGUCCCUAUGCCCGAGGCCCGCGCCUUCUUCAUCUUCAGCCACACCAACAAAUUCCGGGUCCUCUGCCACAAGAUUGUCAACCACAACAUCUUCACGAACCUCAUCCUUUUUUUCAUCCUGCUGAGCAGCAUCUCUUUAGCUGCAGAAGAUCCAGUGCGAAAUGAUUCCUUUAGAAACAUGAUCCUGAGCUAUGCAGACUAUGUCUUCACUGGACUGUUCACCAUUGAGAUCAUCUUAAAGAUGACAGCCUAUGGAGCCUUCCUUCACAAGGGGUCCUUCUGUCGGAAUUACUUUAAUAUCCUGGACUUGGUGGUUGUCGGUGUAUCCCUCAUCUCUUUUUUUAUUCGAUCAAGUGCCAUUAAUGUUGUGAAAAUUCUGAGGGUGCUGAGAGUACUGAGACCACUGAGGGCUAUUAAUCGAGCCAAGGGCCUGAAGCAUGUGGUCCAGUGUGUGUUUGUGGCGAUAAGGACCAUUGGGAACAUUGUCAUUGUCACCACUUUGCUGCAGUUUAUGUUUGCCUGCAUUGGUGUCCAGCUAUUCAAGGGCAAGCUUUUCAAGUGUACAGAUGGCUCUAAGCAGACAGAGGCAGAGUGCAGGGGGCAUUUUAUCCACUAUAAAGAUGGGGAUGUGAAUCAACCCGAGAAGGCAGAGCGCAAAUGGGAAAACAAUGACUUCAACUUUGAUGAUGUGCUGCAUGGGAUGAUGGCUCUCUUCACUGUCUCGACUUUUGAAGGAUGGCCAGAUCUGCUUUACAGGGCUAUAGAUUCCCACACCGAAGACGUGGGACCCGUUUACAACUACCGUGUAGAGAUCUCCAUUUUCUUUAUCAUCUACAUCAUCAUCAUCGCUUUCUUCAUGAUGAACAUCUUCGUGGGUUUCGUCAUAGUCACUUUCCAGGAGCAGGGUGAGCAGGAGUACAAGAACUGUGAGCUGGACAAGAACCAGCGUCAGUGUGUGGAGUAUGCCCUGAAAGCCCGGCCCCUGCGCAGGUACAUCCCCAAGAACCCUUACCAGUACAAGGUGUGGUAUGUCAUCAACUCCACUUACUUUGAGUACCUGAUGUUUAUCCUCAUCCUCCUCAACACCAUCUGCUUGGCCAUGCAGCAUCAUGGUCAGUCAACGUCCUUCAACAAGGCGAUGAACGUACUCAACAUGCUGUUUACUGGGCUCUUCACUGUGGAAAUGAUCCUCAAACUCAUCGCCUUCAAGCCACGGGGUUACUUUAGUGAUCCAUGGAAUGUAUUUGACUUCCUCAUCGUAAUUGGCAGCAUAAUAGACGUCAUUCUCAGUGAGAUCAAUCACUAUUUUUGUGAUGCAUGGAAUACAUUUGACGCCUUAAUUGUUGUCGGUAGCGUUGUUGAUAUAGCAAUCACUGAGGUGAACCCAGCUGACUCUGCCUCAUCUUCCCAAUCCUCCGUGGUAAGACAAAUGGUACGGACAGACGGUAACCUUUCUCAAGCCCCUCCUGUUCACUCUAGCUCCACCCACUGCCUCACCACUCCAGAUGAGCCGCAUGUUGCCUGUGACUGUCUGUGCGUGCCAACUCAUACAUGGGUGGAUCUUGUUGCGAUGGCGUCUAGCGUUGUUCAGAUUGUGCCUGUCCCGUGUGUCUUGCUGCCCUCUUGUUUACUGUGCUCAUAUUGUGGCACUGUGUUACCCCCUUCCUCUUGUUUUAUCGUCUUCCAUUGGAGAAGUGGGCGCCUUAUAAAAAAGGGGCUACAGAACACAGAAGACAAUGCCAGGAUCUCCAUCACCUUCUUCCGGCUUUUCCGAGUGAUGAGGCUUGUGAAGCUCCUGUCUCGGGGGGAGGGGAUACGGACCUUGCUAUGGACAUUCAUCAAGUCCUUUCAGGCUUUGCCGUAUGUUGCCCUUCUUAUAGUGAUGCUGUUUUUCAUCUAUGCUGUGAUUGGAAUGCAGAUGUUUGGUAAGAUUGCACUGAAGGACAACAGUGAAAUCAACCGAAACAACAACUUUCAAACCUUCCCGCAGGCCGUGCUACUGCUCUUCAGGUGUGCGACUGGGGAAGCAUGGCAAGAGAUCAUGCUGGCGUGUUACCCCGUGAAGAAGUGUGAAACGGGCUCCGAGACGGGAAGUGCCAGUGAGGACUGUGGCAGCAUCUUUGCCGUUUUCUACUUUGUCAGCUUCUACAUGCUUUGUGCCUUCUUGAUCAUUAACCUCUUUGUUGCGGUUAUCAUGGACAAUUUUGACUACCUGACCAGAGACUGGUCCAUUCUGGGGCCACACCACCUCGAUGAGUUCAAGAGAAUCUGGGCUGAAUACGACCCUGAAGCCAAGGGAAGGAUAAAGCACUUAGAUGUGGUGACUCUACUACGCAGAAUACAGCCCCCUUUGGGAUUCGGAAAGCUCUGUCCUCAUCGUGUGGCCUGCAAGCGACUGGUAUCCAUGAACAUGCCUCUCAACAGUGAUGGCACAGUCAUGUUUAAUGCCACUCUCUUUGCUUUGGUGAGAACUGCCUUGCGGAUCAAGACUGAAGGCAACCUGGAGCAGGCAAACGAAGAGCUCAGGGCAAUUGUGAAGAAAAUUUGGAAAAGAACCAGCAUGAAGCUCCUGGAUCAAGUUGUGCCACCAGCAGGAGAUGAUGAGGUCACUGUGGGGAAGUUCUAUGCCACCUUCCUCAUACAGGAGUACUUCAGAAAGUUCAAGAAGCGCAAGGAGCAGGGGCUGGUCGGGAAACCUUCCCAGAAGACUGCUUUGUCGUUGCAGGCGGGCCUGCGCACUCUUCACGACAUUGGGCCAGAGAUUCGGAGGGCCAUAUCAGGGGACCUCACUGUGGAGGAGGAGCUGGAGAAAGCCAUGAAGGAAACUGCCUCUGCUGCUUCAGAGGAUGACAUAUUCAGGAGAGCUGGUGGUUUGUUUGGCAAUCACGUCAACUACUACCAAAGUGAUGGGCGGAACACGUUCCCACAGUCCUUCACUACCCAGCGUCCUUUGCACAUUAACAAAGCAGGGAACAGCUCUGGGGACAUGGAGUCUCCCUCUCACGAGAAGCUGGUGGACUCCACUUUCACACCCAGCAGCUACUCUUCAUCAGGCUCCAACGCCAACAUCAACAACGCCAACAACACUGCCAUAGGCCGCUUCCCCAGUCCAGCCACGUACCAGAGCACUAUCAGUACAGUGGAUGGCCAAAGAAAUCCACUCACCCCCAGUCUUCUCCCCCGGGCAGCCGCCUGGCAGCUCAGUGCCAAGAGGACACGUUAUUAUGAGACCCUCAUGCGGUCUGACUCCGGAGAUAGCCGCCUGCCCAUUAUUCGUCGAGAGGAGGCGUCGCCUGAUGAGACAUAUGAUGAGAAUUUCACCGACGAGCAGGAGUACUGCAGUGAACAGAGCAUGCUCUCCUCUGAAAUGCUGGGAUACCAUGACGAGGAGAGCAAGCAGCUCACGCCCAUGGAGGAGGGCGAGGACAAUGAAGAGAGGAAGCUCUGGCAGUCCCCAAAGCGAGCCUUGUUAUGCCCAACAACACUAGGUCGACGAUCAUCCUUCCACCUAGAGUGUUUAAAGAGGCAGACCAAACAGCCACCAGAUGUGUCUCAGAAGACUGUACUGCCCCUUCACCUAGUACAUCACCAGGCCCUGGCAGUGGCUGGGCUCAGCCCGCUCUUACGGAGGAGUCAUUCCCCCACACUCUUCACACGGCUGUGCUCCACACCCCCUGCUACGCCCUGUGACCGGGGGAACCCCUACCAGCGUGUGCCCACCUUGCAGCUGGAGGGCACGGGCUCCUACGAGAAGCUCAACAGCAGCCUGCCGUCUGUCAACUGUGGCUCCUGGUACGCGGACAGCACUAACGGCAACACCCAGCGGGCGCGGCCAGUCUCCCUCACCGUACCGACUCAUUGCCAAGACUCAGGGCGGCAGUUCCAUGGCAGUGCAGGAAGUCUGGUGGAGGCGGUCCUGAUUUCCGAAGGCCUGGGCCAUUAUGCCCAGGACCCCACCUUCAUCGAGGUGACCAAGCAGGAGAUCGCCGAUGCCUGUGACAUGACAAUAGAGGAGAUGGAGAAUGCAGCUGACAACAUCCUGAAUGGCAACAGCCAACCGAGCCCCAACGGCAACCUCCUUCCCUUUAUUAACUGCAGGGACCAUGAAACUCAGGCGUCCAGCAGGCCGGAAGGACCUGUUAUAGCGGUGGAAGAAAAGGAGGAAGAGGCCGAGACAGAGGGUGAGAGGUCUCCAGGGCAACGGAAUUGUGGGCUAGUGGAGGAGGAUCUCCCAGAAGACAUGGUUUGCGUCAGCAGCUUGUAGAAGUACAGGGCUCUCCAAUGUUGGCUGUUCCGUUUUAAUAUUUGUGUUCUAAAUGUUCUGGGUUUGUUUCAGAAGUGCCUCACAGUUAUUGUGCUCUUGAAGGUGGAAGGGGGGAGGAUUUGAGAAAAAAAAUGGAAAGCGGAACGUUUGAUUUCAUGGCCUGGUUGUUUCUUGGCCAUGGGGCAGGAGCCCCAUUUCGCCCUCAGAGAGGUGGCAAGUGAUAUUAAGGUGUUGGGGUGCCUCUUUUGGAAGCUGCACACUCUGUUCAAGGACAUCCUUUUUGUUCUGAGCUCCGACAGAAUCAUCACGGAUGGAUGAACGGAUGAAGGCAAGAUAGCACGGACCAGUUCUGACCCUCCCCCCGGGCACCAUUUAAAAAACCAGACAAAACAAGGGGGUCCUUGGGAGACGAAGCGAGGCGCCGGAAUCUAUGCUCAGGUGUCCUCACGCUUUCUCUUUCCUUCUCUGUUGUCGUGUGGCAUGACAAUGCCACCCUUUUUAGGGAAGGAGUCAACCAAGGCGAUAAACCUAAGGGACAGCGACGUUUGCUGCCAUAUACCUCGAGUUUCAUCAUAUCUUUUAUUUUUUCGCGUUUCUUUACUUUUUUUGUCGUCGUUUGUUUUAGGUUUGUAAAAUUAGCCUUGCCUUGCGACUACUGCCUUGGCUAAAAUGGAGCAAGGUCAAGGCAUGGGGUUGAGGGGGUGGGAAAAGAACAAGAGAGCCAGGGUCGAGCUAGGCCUUGUAGUUGAUCUGCAUCCCGUGUUGUAGAUCUCUGCAACUGGAGAAUGUAAUGGUUUUACUGGCCAGUGACAGUGCAGGCAACCAGACACACAUCAACACCAACUAGAGUUUAUAUAUUUAUACAGUGUUGUGCAAAAGCUAGAGACCAGCCUAUAUUUUUAAAUGUUUUUAACAAAUUGGAUUAUAAACAUAUAUUAUAAAAGUAAGAACCUUGUUUUAUUAGAAGUUUAAGAAGUUAAAUACCCUGCAAUGGCAGGAUUUAGGAUUGUAUUUAAUAAUAACCAUUCUCUUGUGUUUUUCCUCUUUUGUCCCCCCAACUACACUUUUUUUUGGUGGGGGAGGGGUAUUUUUGUUACUGUAAAAAUGUGCCUAAAACUCUGAAAUUUAACAAUAUUGACAUGACACUUGGACCUUUCAGAGAAUUAAUAGGCAUGUUUCCAAAAAGGCUGGCUUUGAUUUCCGAAACCCUAACCACUGGAAUGAUGAAGAAGCAAUGUGCAAGACAGCCUGACGUUCUGGUUUGGUUUGGGUUUUAUCUCACAACACUAAUUAUUUAGCUCUUCAUCCAGAAAUAAAAACAGGUCAAGUCUUCUUUUCUCUUAAAUAGCUAUGAGUGCUUUUGUAGGUUUACCUUCAAAAGAAAGGUGGAGAAAAGCUUACAGGCAUUUGAACAUAUGCUGCAUAGGCUCAUGCUUGAUACCAGCUAAUGGUCAUGCAAUUCUCUCUGUAGUUCCUCAAAUAGAAUUUACAGGGUUAACAAAAAACUGCUGUGGAUUUUACACUGUUACCAUACUGUUUGGUGUCUUCUUACUUUUGUACAGCACUGUAUGUCUGCAUGCAUCAUACGCACACACUAAGUGCCAGAGAGCAGUGGUGUCCUGAAUAAGUUGCUAAGAAGGAAUGGAUUAUGCAAAUUAAAUGCGAAAAAUAAGAGUUUGCUGCUACUUAGAAAAUUUUGAGUUGAUGUGGGCAAUAUUACAUUUAUUUUCAUCACUAUGGCUGUGGGGUUAUGGGGAUAAAGAUGGAGAUGCAAUGACAGUAUCAACAUUGUGAAUACAGAGUUAUUUGUUUGGGACUCUAUUAGAACAUGUACAGUACUCACAUUGAAUGGACUCUUGUGAAACCUGCUGUCUGAGUUUUCUCAAAGCUAGUGGCUAGGCCACAAGAUCUUUCAUUUCAAAUUGUUAUAACCAUAGAUAUUAAGCAACACUACCUGCCAUGUUCACACAAGUAGGAUUGAAUAUUAACAGAGCAUCCUGAUAACCCCUGCAAUGCACUACUUAUACUUUUUAUUGAUUAAUAAACAGGUUGAUGCUGUCAAUUAUCUGAAAUGUUAGAUUGCAUUUCUUACUAAGCAAGCAUACUUUUUUUUAGUUUCGAUUUUGAAGAACUGUAAACAAUGCAGUCUGUGUCAGAUAUUCACAUAUGUAAUUCAGUAUAGCUAAUACGUUUUUGCAUGUCACUCAUGGGUUUUAAAUCUUUCCUGGCACUAGUGUGUGUUUAUGGUUGUCUUUGUAAUUAGGGCGUGAACCUAGCAGGGAAUAAUGUUUUCUUUUCAAACACCAUUGUUUCAAUUAAAACUGCUAGCUGGAUCCCUUUACAUUAGGUCUAAUACCUAAGGUUUGCUACACUCAUUGAUACAGGUUACAUGCUUACAUAGACAGCUUUCCACCCCACUCUUGAAAGAAUGCAAAAUGUGCACACCUGCACUAUGUAGCUGGUUUUAUGUUUUGGUUUGUCAAAGCAGUUGUGCUUUUCUCUUGACAGCCUGUGGCAGGCGCAAUGAAGGGAAAAUGGCGUCUGCCUAUUAAGUCACUGCAUGUUUCUGAGAGUGUAUGCAUUUCCUGUUGUGGAUAGGGUGGGUCCAUGUGAAUGAUCACGGGUCCAGGAGUGCCUGGUUGUGUGUGCGUUCCACAAGAUAUGCAAAAACAAUGCAAUAACAUCAUGACUGUAAAUGAGUCUCAAAGAAUUAGCUGUAUAAAAGGAUGAAAAAAUAUAUAAAUAAUAUAUAUUCAGAGUAAUUGUUUAUUGAGUUGCAAAUCUUUAAAUCGAAGAAACCUGUUAUACUUGAAAUCAGGUGCAGUUCAGUAUUUAAAAAGACAUCUUGUGCCAAGCAAUUAUUUUCCUUCUUCUUCUCUUCUAAUUACUGAAUAUUAUUAUAGUCACAUUAAUUGAACUCACUUGAUGUAUAUUUACUGCAUGGGAAUCAUUUUAGUAUUUUAGUGUGCCAAGUUAUACCUUUUGAACUUUUUAGUGCUUUUAACUAAGGAAGUGGGACACAAGCCAAUGUUUUUUUUUGUGUUUUUCUCUCUCUUUAUACUUUUUGUGAAUGAGAGAAAAAAGAGAAAAUUGUACAUAAUUUUAGCUACUUUGGAAGACACUAUGGACAUGUUUUAUGGAAACUGAUUUUGCAUAUCUUGUGUUCAUCCACUUUAAGUUGGUACAUUUCGUACUCAAAACAAUACUUUUAAAAACCAGUGGGAGUAGAGUAGGGUCAUAGAAGAUUCAUCAGAAGAAAAUAGAAUUUGUCUAAAAGCAUUAAGAUUUGAAGGAGAAUAAAAUUUAAAGAAAAAUCAUUAUCGAAGACUAGGUUUUAGACUAGGUUUUAAGUAAAUGAUACUUAAGACCGACCCUGUUGUGAACAGAAAAUAUAUGUCUCCUUGUUGCUGUCAAAUAUCUGUGCUUAUAUUCAGAUGUAACUUGCCAAAACAAUUACAACAGGAUGGAACUGCCUGUUGUGCCAUAAUUCACUGUAUUUUAUAAUACCAAAUUGUAGGUGUUUAGAAUUUGUGGUGCAUGUACACCUUUGGAGUUUUUGUUGAUGUGUUUGUCAAGAAUGGAUGAAGUUCAGAAUGGCAGUGCUUGAAGAGGAUUCAGAAAUGAUUAUUUAGAUGGUGGACAUCUCUUGACAAAGGCAAAUAUUAAAAAAACAGCCCCAUUUUUCAAUCAAAUAUAUAUGGUACAACAUUCUAAAUUCUGCCUACUGUAUAUACACUAAUGAGGACCCAAUGAGCACCAAUACUUUCCUAAAGUGAGCUCCUUGUGAGCUAUGGACAAACUCACUAUGAAGUGUCCAGUUUUCUUUGCGUCCACAUUUUGCAUCUAUUUUGUGACCUUUGUUUUUCCUGUAGAAUUCUGCCCCUCGAGUUUUAUGUCUUUUCUGAAGUAGACUAAUAAAAUGUUUAUAUGCUGCCUCUCAGUCCCUUUUCAAGCUUGCACUUAGCUUAGACAAUCUGAACCAGGUUUCCUUAUUCACCUCAAUCACACUGGUAACUGAUAGAUCCUAGUAUUUGGGGUUUAUAGAGGAUCCUGUGUUAUUGAGGUCUGUAUCUUAUUGGAGUUCUAGAUUGGAUCCAAAGUUGUUCCUUAGCAGUCCAUCUCCAUGACAGUCGAAUGUAUUGUUGAACAGGCUAGGAGAAUAAGACUUUGGUUCUGUUUUCUGACCCUAAGCCAUGGGCACAGCAAGAGAAGUCUUUCUUUAGGGGGUUAAUGUAUGCAAUUCCCUGUGAAACAGCAGUAAUUUCAUGUACACCUUUUUGUGCAGUUAUACCUUCAUUGUGAGCAUCUGAAAAUCUGAUAUUAGUGAAAGUACAGUGGUGCAUGCAUACAUGUGGCAGAAUUUUAGCUGGGCUUUCAAUGUCAACGGCUUGAAAUAUAUUUUCUAUCUCUAUGACAUUAAAAAAGCUUAACCAUCUUUAUCAGUUGGUACAGUGUAAAAGUAGUUUCACUGAGAUCUGGGAAAAAGAUGAGAUAGAGAUAAGACCUGAGUCCUGAUUCAGUCUGCCUGCAGGUUUUAUUUGAAAAUAUUGUGUUUUUUUAAAGGAAUUCUACAAUUCAGCAUACAUGUUUUAAGUAAUGCGGUCAAUUUGGUCCAGCAAAAACUGAUGUUGAUUUACUGUUCAAAGUUCCUACACCUCUGAUCAGGCGUAGGUAGUUCAUGUAGUGCUCGAUAAUCUUGGUGUGAAUAGGCUUUCAGAUAAAAGUCUAAUUUUUAUCUUAUUGGUAUUUAUAAAUACUCGUUUGACUUACAAAGUACAGUAUCUUAAUAAAAUAUAACAUAGUGUCAACAAGUCUUUUAACCACUUUUAGACAGAACACGCUAUUAACCUUGUGUUAAUAGACCACUUUAUAUCCAGAGUGGUGUUAAUUCUAGCCAGCUCUACAGAGUCAUUCCACCAAGUUCCAUACUGUAGAUCUCUUUGCAUCUUUCCUUGCUGUAGAUUUGGAGAAAGUGUCAUGUUGGUUUAAAUGCUGCAUAGGGUGAGUAUAAAAUCACUAUCAUGGUACCUUUUGUAUGACACAAAAGUAAAUUUGAAAAAAGAUCAAUAAUUAAUACAUUUAAACAGAAUGCAAAUCAAGGUACCUUCUGAGUCAUAAGUGACACCUACAAUGCUGGGGCUUUUUUGCUGUAUCAUCUUGUAAACUUUGUACCGUGUAACUUGAGAAAAGCAAAAAAUGUUUUGAAUACAGUCUAUAUAUAUAUAUAAAUGUGUAUGUGUGUGAAGCCUUGAUAUACCUUAAUAUAUAAAAUCACAUUAAUUUAAACAAAUGUUUGCAAAUUGGCAACUUUCAGUAUUGCUUACUACAUCAUUACCAGUAUGUUCUAGCUGGAGUUUUCCAAAUAUUGAUGUUAAAUACAAAGACACCUGGCAGAAUAGCACACAUCUUACUGACCCCACUUGUAAAACUAUUGUGUUACAAACUGACCACUUCUAAUGAUUGUCCCUGAGAAAUGGAAAAAAAAAACAUGAUGGGUUGGAUUCGGGAAGAGAUUUUUCAGGCAUCACUACAGCAAAAGAAAAGCAUAGUUUUAAAUUUCUGUGAAGAGAUUGUUGCCAGGGGCUCUCAAACCGGGAUGAAUCAGGGGUACAGUGCCUUGGAAGAUCUUGUAACAGAGGAGACAUUAUAUUUUUUGCUAGAAUUAACAUUAAUUGUACGUAGGCUUGAAUGUGUUCUUUAUGGGAUUCUCUCUUCUUUUAUUGUUAUCUAUACAGAACUACAUUAUAAGAGUGUCAGGAUCUGGUUUGUGAAUGCGGGUUUCAAUAGAAUAGGCAAGUUAAUGGUGAACUUUAACCAUGUGAUUCACAUAAUUCUUUUGUUUAGUUAAUUUCACCAUUUCAGUGUCUAUUCUACCUCACACAUUAGCAUUAUUCAGAAUUGUUUCAUUGAUUAAGGGUUUCUGUGAAAGUGUGUUGAAUGUCUUGACAAUCAGCAAAGAUUAUCUUCAGUUUUCUUAAAUAUAUAUAUAUGUUACUUUGCAAACUGUUAUAUUAUAAUGACCUAGAACCCAAAAAGAAGUUUGAACAGAUUUCUCAGUUUCUAUAUUGUAUGUGUGCAUAUUAAUUUGUGUGGGAUUUUGCUAUGAAAGGCAUUGAAAAGAGAACUGCAAGGACUGGCAAAGUUUUGCCUAAGAAGCAUUGAUCAGAACCUGGAUAUUGUUACCUAGGCUGAAAAAAAUGUAAAUGUUUUAAUAUCAGGAGGAUUCUCACCAGCUUCUGUAGCUCGUGAUUUUAUUUUUAGCUUUAUAUUUAUAAAAUGUAAUUGUUUUACACAUUACAAUAAGAUCGGUAUCACUAAUACUGCAGCUUGGAGAAGGUAUUGAUUGAUGGGUAAAAUUACUGUAUAGGCAGAAAAAUACAAAACUAUAUUUUUAGGAAAAACUAUUCUUCUCAGCUUUUGUCCUUCCAGUAUGUGCUGUCUGAACAGUGAGAAAGGUAAAAUAUACAACGUGGAAUAUGUGACAGGCAAAGGACCUUUUGAUGGUACUGGAGAAAACUUGUUCUGUCAAACUUUGUUAGUAGAACUUGUGAGAGAUUCACAUUGAGAUGCAGUACUAAUUCCAAACCAGGUAAAGCUAUGAAAGUUAAAUACUUACAACAGUACCAUAAGGUACAUUUUUUUUGUCUCAAAGCUUACAUUUUCAGGAAUCAGAAUUGUACUCAUUUUUGCACAAAGCUUAUUCCUUCAUACAGUAGAUCCUUCCUUCUAGUUUAAAACAUGUUCUGCCCUAGAAGGAAUAAGAUCCUAAAAUCUAUUGUCUCUAUUACAUUGAAGUGUACAAUAGGUUGCACUGUUAAAAAUAAUUAAACAAAUUAAUAUAACUUUUCUUAUUCUUCCUUACUUGUCUCCUAAUGCACUGAGUGCUGAGAUGAAGUGACUUGGUGCAAGAACCAUCAAUCUGAGCAUGUGUGUAGCUAAGUGAUAGUUAUGAACAGUUAUGAUAGUUAUGAUAGUGAAAGAACGGAUCAAAAAUGAGAAAAUGCUGUAUGUUCAAGGAUAUCCAUAAUAUUCCCUCUAUUUAUUUAUAUAUAUGUCAGUUUCUUAAAAGCCAUUAAUUAACCUAAAGAAAAGUGCAGCAAAUUAAACUUAUUUUGCAUUAAGGAGCUCAUCAGUUUUUAUGGGUUUCCUCUGUUUUAUAUCAAUCAUAUUUUAAUUAAAUGCAAAACAUGCAUGUAUGAAACAAGAGAAAAAAGUACACUAGCUUGCCAUUUUUAGCCACUCUGAUAAGUGUUAUUGCAAACAUAAAAGAAAGCAAAAUGAAGUGGCAUGCAUUCUUGUGCUCUGUUUACUUCUGUUGAGGUAUUUAUUUAGGCAAAUGUAUUGAUUGUGUUGCUGCUGUAACUUAAUUGACACUGAAGCUGUUGCAUAUAAUGAAGUAAAUGUAGCAAAACUGACAAAGUCCCUUUUCAAAUGUUGAAAAACUAUUUUUUUGCUUAGUUUUCUUGAAUGUGGUGGUUUAAUUCACUGUUUCCCUCUUUUAUGUCUAUAGUACUUAGUACUUUUUUAAUUUGGGUGGAAACAACGUUUCCACUUUCUAGAAUUGAAAAUGGCUGAAGGAAACACAAUGAAUCUGGGCCCAGGAAUGUUGAGGUCAGAGGUCAUCAGUGACUAUUAAUUCCUGUCUUCCCUGGAUCCCAUUACAAAGGGCAGAUAGUGUAAGAAACAUAAGAAAGAAAAUACCCAACUUUCAAGAAUACUUUGGGUUUUAGUUUACAGGCUUUAGUGAAGCUGACCUGUAUGGCGCCAAUUUUAUGUUCUCACUUUUAUGUACAGUAUAUUAGUUAUAUAUACUAACAGGGCUAGAUUAUUUUUUGUUUUUGUUUAAGAAUUAACUUCCUUUAUUGUUAAAAAAAACUCAUAAGUGGUCAAAUCUUGUUCAUUUAAGAGUUCUGACCGCUGGUUAGGGAAAGCCUGUUGAAUGAAGAUCACAAUGUCUGCAUGUACUGUAUACAGUAGGUGUUGUAAAAGCAUGCACUAUCUGACUUCCAAAGUAAGCCCCAUCGAAAUCAGGUUUUGUCUAGUGGAAUGGCAUCUUUGGGCAUCUUAGGCAGAUUAUAUUGUCUACGUACCUGUCUAAAAUGCCUUUGCUAUAUUUUAAAAGGACUUGGAAGUGAAUGGGGACAUGCAAAUUCCACAGAGGGAUUUUUUUCCGUCAUAUCACACCCCUCUAUUUUUUCUUACAUGACUGUUAUUAUUUGUAAUGGUUAAGUUAUAUACUGUAGUAGGAUGCAAUAAUUAAAGUUUUGCAAAGUAGCUUGUAAUAGUCAUUUGCACAUCAGACACAAUUGUGUGUUAAUGCUGCCAUCAGGAUUUCCGAUUAUACAGUAAAGAGAGGAAAAGUUAGUUAUGGAAUAAAUGGGAAAAAGAAGUUUAAAUAUGUAGUAGCUUUUACAGAGUCCUAUUCCAAAGUUUAAAAAUCCUCAUUUAAAGAAAGAAUUAACUCUAUGUCAUUGGUCAGAUACCACCAUACAAGGCACAAGAUACCAAACAGUCAGGUUGUUCUAAGUUAUUCUUAAGUCUUCACAAGAGAACGGCUCCAUGAGAUUAAUCAGGAAAUGGAUUACUGUGUUAUCCAUUAAAUAUGACGUCUUUUUUUAACUACAGAAUAAAUUUAAACAACUCAUAUUUAAUAUUAUGUCAGCAUAUGUUUAAUACAAAAUUUACAUGCCUGUAAUGAAUUAUUUUGACUGAAAAGAUGUUAUUUAUGACCAUUUGCUCUUGGCUGGUACUGUAAAUGAACUGAUGCUUCAUUGAUAAUUUAUAAUGAUGAAGAAGAUAAAUAUUAAAAGUAAUUUUAGCACUAUAAACAUACACAUAUGAUAUUCUUCAUGUUUUAUGAGUGGGUAAAGAUAUGUGUAUAUUUUCACAAAAAACUUGCAAAAAAUAUUAGUAGAAUAUUUCAACAAAAUGUCUACUGCCAGUUAGUGCUUUUUCAGGCAAAUGUCUGUAUGUACCCUUUUACUUUUCUUGUUUCUGUAGUAAGUUAUGUGUUGUUUUUUUAAUGAUUUGUAGGAGUGUUUAGUACCAAUUUCUUAGUUCAGUGUAAUAAAAUCCUUGCACCUUCCUGACAAAACCAGCUUGAUCAACUUGAACAAUAUCAAUUUUUAAUCGUGCAGAAAAGUGAGUUACACAUACAGUACCACAUAGUGUCAUACCUGGAGGGAGUCACAAGUAGCACUAUGAAUCCCCAAUCAAACUCUGAUCACCAAGAGGCCAAAACAAAUUACUAGUCAUUACGUACUUCAUGCAUCCUUUGAACUGUAACUGAAGUUAUGAAUGUUUCUGGCAUAAACAUUGAAUCUAAAACCCCUUUUGGGAUUGCCAUCUGGAGUGCAGUCAAAAUGCUUGCUGAGGUAUUUCCAAUUUAAGCUACUGUACAUGGAUGGUUUAGUAUGAAGUAACUUAUGUUUCUUUAUUAACAGUUCUUGACAAAGUGAUACUUUGAUGUUUGCUGUAUGAUCCUCCUAUUAAUUGAUCUUUUUUUCUGAAAAUAUCUGAAGUUGGGGCUAUUGAUGUUACCCUUCCUUACCAAUGAAGCUGUUUCCCACUGAAGUGUUUAUUUCACUGGGGUCUGUACGUAAAGAUGGUAAACGAAGGAUUUUGUUAGGAAAACAACACUGAAAGUUUUAAACUCCUUUUAUCUAUUGUUUUUCUCAAUCCUUAAAAACACUUGUCUAAAAUAUGGAAGAUGCUAAGUGCCAAUGAUAUAUCUUCAAAAAAUAACAUUUUCCACAAUAUUGUGUAAUUGAACCAUGUAAUUAAAAUAUAUAAGUUUAAGUCAAGUUGUGGGAGAAAUAUGAGGUAUAUUCAAUCCAUUUCUGGUUUUUGUGUCUCAGUAAAUUGCCCACCAGCUACACCACCUCUUUCUAGAGGAGAAGAGAAGGUGCUGUUCAGUUUGACUUUGCUUUCUGUUCUGAUGGUAUUGCAUUUCUUAUUCUUUAUUUUUUUCUCAUUCUUUCAUUGAUAUAACAGAAAAUCAAACAAAUCAAUCACUUUUCUACUCUUGUUUUCAAAAAACAAAAUUUAAAAAUGCUAAAAAAAAACACACAGUUGAUUUGUAAAUAGGCCAUGUACAGUUUGUAUCCGUAACUGUCAGUCUGUCUUUGGUGACAGAGUCUGUCUUGCUUAUAACGCACGCUACAAGUAAAUAAAUUUAAAAAAAGGAAAAUAUAUUUAGAGUGUAUGGUCCUUGAAAGCAAGUUUUAAAUUAAUCUCUGAUGUAUAUUCCUGUAACAUUGCAUUUUUAUCUAAGGAAUGAUGUUAUUAAAAAA